AUGUUUUCGCUGUUUCGCAUUCGCAUUCGCAUUUGUGCUUUAGCAGAAAAGGAAGGCUUCAUCACGAAUUAUCUACCAUUUGCCACAUCGAGGAGAUCGACUGUAGUGGCAAAGGCCGACAGUAAGGCAACAACACCAGCCUCUGCCUCAGGAUCUACCUCGUCGGGAUUGCUGGGCUCGAACUUGGUGUUCUCGCUAAGCAGUCCAUUUAGUGCGUUCGGCACAAACAGCAACAAUAAUCCCAUUUCGAGCAGCAAUCAUCGGCUAUCGGUGUCCGAGCAACAAUUGCCACAAAAUUAUCUCGCCAAAUCAUCAAGUAGCACACAGAUAUUUGAGAAAGUAGUCAUGUCAGAAAUCGGCUCAAUUCCUGCCGCAAACGAAGCUGGCGGCGCAAACACAAAUGCCACAAUAGUUAAGGAGGGUUGGCUGCAGAAGCGCGGAGAACACAUCAAAACAUGGCGUUCGCGAUACUUCAUAUUGCGAACCGAUGGCACCCUACACGGAUGGCGAAAUAAGCCAAACGAGAAUGCACCGCCCGAAAGGCCUUUGAACGAUUUCACAAUUAAGGGCUGUCAGAUAAUGACAGUGGAUAGGCCAAGGCCGUACACAUUUAUAAUACGCGGCCUUCAAUGGACCUCUGUGGUUGAGCGUACAUUUUCCGUUGAUACGGAAAGAGAAAGACAGGAAUGGACCGAUGCUAUCAGAACUGUGGCCAGUAGUUUAAGUGAGCUGGGCGAAACAGCUAUGAGUACCACAAAUAGCACAGAUAUGACAGAUGUUGACAUGGCUUCCAUAGCAGAGGAUGAAUUGUGUGAGAAAUUCUCUGUGCAAGGUACUUCAACACGAAGCAGUGGCGGAGUCAAGAAAGUGACUCUGGAGAACUUUGAAUUUUUAAAGGUGUUGGGCAAAGGAACCUACGGCAAGGUGAUUUUGUGUCGCGAGAAGGAAACUGCCAAAUUAUAUGCCAUUAAAAUCCUAAAGAAGGAAGUAAUCAUUCAAAAGGAUGAAGUUGCCCACACAAUCACUGAAAGUCGAGUUCUACAGACAACAAAUCACCCAUUUUUAAUAUCUCUCAAAUAUUCCUUCCAAACAAACGAUCGUCUUUGUUUCGUAAUGCAGUAUGUUAACGGUGGGGAGUUGUUUUUCCAUUUGAGUCGCAAACGUGUUUUCAGUGAAGAACGAACUCGUUUCUAUGGUGCUGAAAUAAUUUCGGCCCUCGGAUAUCUGCAUUCUCAGAGCAUUAUCUAUAGAGAUUUGAAGUUAGAGAAUCUGUUGUUGGACAAAGACGGUCACAUUAAGAUCGCAGAUUUUGGUCUGUGCAAAGAAGACAUAACAUAUGGGCGCACGACGAGAACAUUCUGUGGAACACCAGAAUACUUGGCUCCCGAAGUAUUAGAAGAUAACGAUUACGGACGAGCGGUGGACUGGUGGGGCACCGGAGUUGUUAUGUACGAAAUGAUGUGUGGACGUCUUCCAUUUUACAAUCGCGAUCAUGAUGUCCUCUUUACGCUUAUUCUCAUGGAAGAAGUCAAAUUUCCACGUACACUUUCCGACGAGGCCAAAAGCCUGCUGGCCGGUCUUUUGGCAAAGGAUCCAAAAAAACGUUUGGGCGGCGGUCCAGGCGAUGUCAACGAAAUACAAGUGCACCCCUUCUUUGCCAGUAUUAAUUGGACAGACCUGGUGCAAAAGAAGAUUGAGCCCCCCUUCAAACCCCAAGUAACCUCAGACACAGAUACACGCUACUUCGAUACAGAGUUUACUGGCGAAAGUGUCGAGUUAACACCACCAGAUCCAACGGGUCCCCUAGGUUCAAUAGCAGAAGAACCACAUUUCCCUCAGUUCAGUUACCAGGACAUGGCCUCCACAUUAGGUACUUCAUCACAUAUUAGCAAUUCCCUGGCAUCGAUGCAAUAGAAAUGAUGCAAAGCAUUUGUUUAUACCAUAACACAUAUUGCCUAUGCCAGCAACAACAAUAUAAGCCGUGUUCACGUUUAUUCAAAUCGCGAAAGGAGUCUAUCGCCCAACACACACCACCCAAACAUACAUACAAACACACACACAGACACACACAGAGAUCGUUUGAUCUAUAUAUGCGAUGUACGCGAUCUAAUCCUAAUAAACACUCACUCUAAUGACAAACAAGGAAACAAAAGAAAAACCCACAACAAACAAAAACAUAAACAAACAAACAAACACCGCAACAGGACACUUAAAGCUAUCACUACCAUUACUAGCUACAAUAAUAUUAACAACAACAACAAUAACAACAGCAAGAAGAUUGAGUUAAAUAUUGAAGAAUGCCAACGUCAACAACAACAACAACAGCAACAACACUGCUAUAUCCCCCACUCCUCCCCUUCUCUAAUAACAAAAGAAUAUUAUUGUUAUAAUACAACAGAGGUAUGUUCGCUUCGAAUAAAGUCAUAAAGGUCAAUACACACACACACACACACACACACACCUCUACACAAACAAACAAAAAAGAAAAAAUGUUAUUCUAUAACAAAAAAGGACAAACAAAUGUUUGCUCUAUUAUCAUGAGGAAAAUUUUCAAAAAAAUCCCCACACUCUUGUCCAGACGGGUCAGUUGUGAACUCGUUGUUUUCAAAAGAAAAAAAAGUAAAUAGCCUGAAUAUUACAUCUGGUAUACCCCAACUCUAUUUCUUCCCAUGCAAACCGCGAAAGGCACACUAUACACACACUCAUACACACACACACACUUUAAAAACUACAACAACAGGAAACCACACUACAAGUAUAAGUCUAAUUGUAAAGAAGCAACAUUUUUAUAUAUAUUAAAAAAAAACAAAAGAAAACAAAACAAAAAUACAAAAAUAAACAGAAAAAUCCAAAUCCGCAGAUUUCAAUUGAAGGCAAACCCAAAAAACAACAAAAAAAACAUUGCUACCCAUCGCAGAAGAAGAAAUAAAAUUGAGAAACACUUAUCCUUGUUGAAAUAAUGUGACCCAUGUGAUUCCCAUAAUAUGUCUCAUCUGUUCUCACUUCCAAAUCCAAACACCGUCACCAGAAUUGUGCAAGCGUUAGAGGGCAAAUGGGCGCCCAGUAGCUAAGUUAGUAGCGAACUCAGUUGAUCGAUACGGUGGACGUGAAUUCGAGGCUUUGGUCUGUCGCUACUUUGGUGUCACAUUGGACAAAUAUGGUCUAAGUUAGUUUGAUUUCAGACUGCCAAUAUAACCUAACCUCAACUAUAGCGUAAAUACAUUUCUAAGCAUACAAAUUCAAGAAAAAUCCGAAUAGUCAGUUUUUUUUGCGGUCUAAUUUUCCACAAAAAAUGUUUAAAAGCAAAGCUUGUAAAUUUAAUUCCAUCAAAAGUUUCACUGAUAUUACACUGAAAAAAUAUUUUCGAUCAGUGGUGCACAAAAUAAAAAUUAAAUUGAAUGCUCUCCAACUUUCUCCAUGAGUAGAAAUUAAUUUUUUUGCCUUAAUGUAAAGGACAUUUAAAUUUGCUAUCGCUUGUCACAUGCUCGCAUUCUUUGUUUUCUCAACAACGGCUAAAACAAAGGAAACAAGAAUACAAUGCUAGCAUUAAGGAUGGCACGUGCACCACACACAUGAAGUUCGCAUGAGGUUCGCAUGAAGUUUUUAAUUUCAACAAGUUUGCUUCGAAGCAAAAUCUGGCUCUUGUUUGAUUUGAAUAGGAAAAGAUUUCUAAUAGAAUCUUUUAAAUGUAUGGAACAGCCCAGUUUGGGUUAGGUUUAAAAAAAGGGUGCAGAUUAUAAUACACCGCCCCACACCACUAUCGACGUACACCUAAGGAGAGAACAUCUAAAUUUAGAAAAUCGGUCAUUCAUUGAAAAUUGGUUUAAUUGAAAAAAUCUCUGUAACCUUCGUGAGAUAAAGUGUUUUUGUCAUAGUUACACCAUUUGUAUUCUAGGUGACGGUGUUAUGUUUUAGAAUUGGAAUUAGUUAUGUUUGAGAAUUGGAAAUAUGUGAACUAUAGUUUUCGCUUUACUACCAUCUAAAGCGGUUUGUAAAAAAACAAUAUUAACAAUGGAUAUUUAUUUGUCUAACGAUUUAAUGGUCCUGGGUUUGGUUCAAGAUUGACAUACAACAUACAACAUACAAAAACACAAUGAAAUUCCUGAAUUGUAUUUAAUUCAUGAGAGUUUUAAUGAAAUUGAUUGACUUCGAAAAAGAAUCUUUACCGUAAAGUGGAAAUGCUGGCGAUAUAAAGAUGUCCAACCUGUCAAGAUGGAUGUUACAAUGCAAUUCAGAGGCCAAGAGUCACCUUCCAUUUGCAAUAAACAUGAAAAUGAUUCAACAAAAACAUCAACAACAACAACAACAA